AUGUCCAGCAGGUAUCACAAAGCAGCAGCUGAUGGCAAUUUGGACCUCUUGAAAGAAGCCACUAGGAAAGACCUCAAUACUUCAGAUGAAGACGGGAUGACACCCACCCUUCUGGCAGCAUACCAUGGGUAUCUGGAAGCUCUGGAAGUCAUAUGUCGGAGAGGAGGUGAUCCCGACAAGUGUGACAUCUGGGGGAACACUCCUCUCCACCACGCCGCUUGCAAUGGCCAUAUCCAUUGCGUUUCUUUUCUGAUCAACUUCGGUGCCAAUAUAUUUGCCCUGGACAAUGACCUCCGCACUCCGCUGGAGGUGGCUGCCAGCAGAGACCGCAGUGAAUGUGUCCGAAUCCUGGACAAAGCUGCCACCGAGCAGAACAUGCUGAACCCAAAGAAGGUCUCCAAACUCAAAGCACAGGCCCAGAGGAAUGUGGAGAAACAAAUCAAGGAAUGCGAGAAGCGCCAAGAGAAACACCAGCAUGAAAUGAGCAGAAAUUAUAUGAAAGAAAAGGUUGGCACAGUAAAUUCUUCCAGAGGAACGCAUUCCAGAGUGAAGUUGCCUAGUCUCUUUGCUUCAAAUACAAGUCCUCUCUCCAAAAAUCUGAAAGAUACCUUCAAACUAAAGGCAAAAAAGACAGCUGACAGCACAAAAAGCCAGAAAACGGAAAACAGUUACCAAGAGGAUGAUACAGGUAGGAGAACUGUGAUGCAUUUGUUUGAUGAGAAAGAGGAGGAUGAGUUACUGACCAACCUUGGAGAGAAAACCUUUUCUGACAAUGACAGUCAGCUCUCCAUUUUUAAGCGACCAGGUCUUGGCAAGAUUGUAUUUGGAAGGAAUUUGGCUGCAGAUGUAAAUCCUGGAACUGUGUCUUCUGAGAAAGAAAGUAUAAGCUUUCAAAUGUCCAGUGAGCUCUUUCAGUAUAAAAAUGCUGAGAACAGCAAGGAAGAAGAUGCUGAAAAUGGCAGUGAUAUCCCUUGGCACGAGGAAGAAGUAAUUUGGGAUGAUGAGGAGGCAGAGAACACGCCCCUUGAGGUAUUUCUGGCAUCACAGAUGCUGGAUGAAUUUCUUCCGGUGUUCAUGAGGGAAAAAAUUGAUUUAGAUGCCCUGAUGCUAUGUUCUGAUGAAGAUCUACAGAGUAUUCAGAUGGAGCUUGGGCCAAGAAAGAAAGUCCUGAAUGCUGUGAACAGAAGAAAAGCAGCACUCAAGAACCCUGGAAAGACUGUAGAUACUUGCUUGUAA